AUGCCAUUGCUAUCGUACGAGGGCAUUGAAGUGGACCUUCCGAUAAACCUCAAGGGCAUUUACUUUGAAUUUACUGCCGGAUCACUAACAAUCCACUGUCGUGACUUUACGGGGGACAUUGUAUUGUCCAAACUUGACCAGCCCAUUAUUACUACGUCGAGUCCAAGUAAGAAGCGCACGAUUGAUUCAAGUGUAGAUUGUAAAUAUAAUGACGAUGAAGCAGACGCUAAGCGAUUGCGGCCAAACUUUCUCAAUGACGUGGAACAGACGUUGCUACUCGCGCGAUUGAACGACUCUCUGAGUUCAAGCAGCCACGAAGCUGAGAGUAGCAGGAAAAUGACAAAGGUACUGCAAAAAGGAGAUGACAUUAUUGAGACGAGUACGACCCACAUCAAAUUGGCUGACUCUGCUGAAAGUCUGGAACCAACGAGUACAAAAAUGGAGAAGAAGACGCCCCCAAUGAAGAGCAAGAAGAAAGCAAAGAACACGAAGAAAGAUGCAGAUUCCUUCUUUUCACCCGAUCCCAAGCAAUCGAUUUCACGCAAAGUGACACCCGAUUCUAGCACGAAACGACAGAAAACACUCAAGACACGAGCAGACCCUUCGUCCACCCAAUCCAUUAAAGAGUUGAUCAGUGGCAUGCCAAAACUUAAGCCCGAAGCUGCCAUCAAGUGGGAGACAGUAGAGUCCAAAGGAAAUGCUCCACCUGAACGUUGGGGUCAUUCGACCACCAAAAUUUCAGAUGAGCGCGUAGUGGUAUACGGUGGAACUGAUGAUGAUGAGCAAACACUAGGAGACUUGCACGUGUUUGACAUGAAAACACACCGCUGGACGACUCCGCUCAACUGUGAAACAAUCAGACGCACGUGGCAUGAUGCAGUUUUUCUGUCUUUAAAGAAUUUGCUGCUUGUAUUUGGGGGUGAGCGCAAUUCGGCUAUCGAAGGCGAGGUCGACAUCCUUUCCGACAUCAUGGUAUUGGACACAGAGUGCUUUCUGUGGUACCCCCCACCUUGUCGUGGGUCGCCUCCUUCUGCAAGAAGUGGACAUACCUGUACUGCUAUUGGAAAUGAGGUAGUGGUGUUUGGCGGCAGUGGAGGACGAAACCGGCAAAGUUCCGUACACAUCUUGGACAGUGAUGACUGGCAUUGGAAGACGGUGAAAGUGGAAGGCAAGGCUCCUAGCGCAUGCACAUAUCACAGUGCCGUCGCUGUUGGUGAUGACAAGAUCGUUUAUUUUGGAGGCAAUGAUUCCUCCAAAAGUUUUAACGAGGUGCAUGUUCUGCAAAAGGUGGAUAAAAGCGCAAACGAUGCAGUGUGGAAAUGGCUUCAUCCUUGCACAACAGGCGUCCCCCCUCAAGAACGCACAGGACACUCUGCAACGCUCUUAAGUGGCGGCAAGAUUCUCAUAUUCGGCGGUUGGGAUCCGCAACGAGAUGAUUCUAACGCGUCUACAAGCGUAUUCAGCGAUUCAUUUCUGUUAGACACGAAGUCAUGGGAGUGGCAGCCUGCUACCUUCACCGACGAAGGAAGCAUCGAGACUGCGUUGAGAGGACGCGUGGGACAUGGUGCUGUGAUGUAUAGCGAUGGACGUGUGUACAUUUUUGGUGGCCAGAAUGGUGCCGAGCACCGACUCGAUGACGUCUGCACUAUUUCAAUCUUGCAAGGCUAG